AUGUCUUCUCUUCCUCCUGUUUACAUUGUUUCGACUGCCCGUACGCCCGUGGGCUCUUUUCUGGGCUCCCUCUCCAGCCUGAGUGCCCCGCAACUCGGAUCCCACGCAAUUAAAGCGGCUGUGGAGCGUGCCGACGGAGUCAAUGCCUCCGAUGUCGAGGAGGUCUUUUUUGGCAAUGUCCUGUCUGCUGGUGUUGGACAGAACCCUGCUAGACAAUGCGCCAUUGGCGCUGGCCUCCAAGACUCCACGGUCUGCACAACAGUCAACAAGGUUUGCGCCUCCGGCCUGAAGGCGGUCAUUCUUGGUGCUCAGACCAUCAUGACCGGAAACGCCGACGUCGUGGUGGCCGGUGGCACCGAAUCCAUGUCCAACACCCCUCACUACCUGCCCAACCUCCGCACGGGGGCCAAGUAUGGUAACCAGAGCCUGGUCGAUGGUAUCAUGAAGGACGGCUUGCAGGAUGCCUACGGCAAGCAGGAGCUCAUGGGUCUGCAGGCGGAGGAGUGUGCGCAGGACCAUGGUUUCAACCGGGAGCAGCAGGAUGACUACGCUAUCCGCACCUACGAGAAGGCCCAGGCUGCCCAAAAGGCGGGUUUGUUUGACUAUGAAAUUGCGCCUAUUGAAAUUCCUGGCUUCCGGGGCAAGCCUGGAGUGACUGUUUCUCAGGAUGAUGAGCCGAAGAAUCUUAACCCCGACAAGCUGCGUGGCAUGAAACCGGCGUUCAUCCCCGGAUCUGGCACUGUCACGGCCCCUAACUCGUCGCCGCUGAACGAUGGCGCCUCAGCGGUGGUCUUGGUCUCGGAGGCCAAGGUGAAGGAGCUGGGCCUCAAGCCUAUCGCCAAGAUCCGUGGCUGGGGUGACGCUGAGCAGAAGCCCAGCAAGUUUACCACCGCACCCUCGCUGGCAAUUCCCAAGGCUCUCAAGCACGCCGGCGUGACCCAGGACUCCAUCGAUGCCUUUGAGAUUAACGAGGCCUUCAGUGUGGUAGCGCUUGCUAACCUGAAGCUGCUUGGCCUCUCCGAGGACAAGGUCAACAUCCACGGCGGCGCCGUUGCCAUUGGCCACCCGCUUGGCGCGAGUGGUGCCCGCAUCCUGGCCACCCUGAUUGGCGUGCUAAAAGCAAAGCAGGGCAAGCUGGGAUGCAUUGGCAUUUGCAACGGCGGUGGUGGCGCGAGUGCUCUGGUGAUUGAGUCUCUCCUGUAA